AUGGCUGAGGAGGGAGUAAUCUACACUUAUCUAACCCACCCGGCAGGCUCCCUGCCCAGCGACACGUCGGCCCCGGCUCAGCAUCACACUUGUCCGCAGUGCCCGCUUUGGCAUCGGAUCGCUCUGCGGGUGGGCUGGGCCGGGAACAUUGUCCUGCUGGGAGCUGUGCUAGUGCUGGCUGUCCUGGUUAGCCAGCGCCCUUCCCAGAAUCGCCAGAUGCCAGCCAUCCCGCAGACCGCUCCGAAGAGCGAUUCAUGUGAGAUAAAUGAAAACACAACAUUGUGCAACCGUACACUGGAGAAUUUCCGAUCUUGCCUGAAGCAAAACUUGUGUGGGGUGGAAAACAGCUCGGCAGAGGGCUCCAGGUGCAAACUCUGCCCCAGGCACUGGGUGCCGCAUAUGGACAAGUGCUACUGGCUGUCUGAAGAGAAUCAAUACUGGAGCAGGGGCCGUGAUGACUGCUCAUGGAGGGGAUCUCACCUGCUAGUGAUCCAGGACCGGGAGGAGCUGGAGUUCACACAGAAUCUUACAGGAAAUCAAAAUCCGGUGUGGAUUGGACUCAACAUCACAUCCCCAGGGAAGAAGUGGACCUGGGUGGAUGGUUCCCCAUUAAAUCAAACGCUAUUCACGGUAUCGGGUCCUGCGGAAGAGAACAGCUGUGCUGCAAUACAGAAGAAUCAGAUCAAGUCUGAAAUCUGCAACACUCACUAUAAAUGGAUUUGCCAAAAGGAAGCUGUGCUCAUUUAA